AUGAAUAUUCUUAUACUUCGAUGCAUUCGUUUAAUCAUAUUGUCUUGUAACUUUGCGUAUUAUUCAUGGAUCUUACUUCUAUGUAGCAACUAUAUACUUAAUUCUUUUGCUGAAGACGCAACUAUUUUGUCUGAAGAAGACUCCACGCUCUUACCUUCUGUAACAAAUGAAGACGAUGGAUUCAAAAGAUCCCCAGCUGUUGGUAUAUUGGUAGCCCUUAGUAAACCACCAUAUGGUCUUUACUCUGAACGUCGUGAAAUAAACUUGCCUGUCGGAAAAAUCUCAUCCCUUGUGGCUUCCUUGGCUAAUACCAACCCGACAAACGGUGAACAAUUUAAACUAGAUUUUAUAGAAGGAGCACUUCACUCUCCUAUGUACUAUGGCUAUCACAUUCGGAACUUUACCAAGCAACGCCUCCACGAGACAUUAGAGCCCGGUCAAGAGACUUCCCUUUAUUACAGAUUCAAACCCGCUCCUGAAUUAGCUGGUCGAUCUUUUGACCUGUCUAUUGUUGUCUACUAUCAUGACAAUACUGACAAUUAUUAUGCUCAUAAGUUAUUUAAUCAUACUGUUAACUUGUUUUAA